AUGCCUCCCACUCACAGAUCAAGGAAUGAGUCGCAGAUGACAGACACCCUGACAGAUCUGGAGGAUUACCCCUCCAAAGGCCUCGUUGCGCCCAGGUAUAUGGGGACGCUGGCUGAUCAGCGGGAUAUGAGUGCGCUGGGCCGAGUGCAGGUUCUUCGAAGAAAUUUUCGAUUCAUUUCUAUUGUUGGGUUCGGGUGUACGCUCAUCUGUACAUGGGAGGUUAUCUUGACAUUACUUUCCGCGGGGUUGACUGAUGGCGGGACGGCGGGCCUUAUUUGGGGUUUUGUUGGUGUGUCUGCCGGGUUUACCUUGGUGUAUGCCAGCAUUGCGGAGAUGGCUUCGAUGGCCCCCACUGCCGGCGGACAAUACCACUGGGUAUCUGAAUUCGCACCAAGACGAGGACAAAAAUUCCUUAGUUAUAUCACAGGAUGGCUUUCGGCAAUGGGAUGGCAAUGCGCCAUCGUCUCAAUCGCAUACCUUGCCGGCACGAUCAUCCAAGGGUUGAUCGUCUUGAAUCAACCAGACUACUAUUUCCAGCGAUGGCACGGGACUAUGCUGGUCAUUGCCAUCUCGACAUUUUCCAUUUUAUUCAAUACCUUCCUUGCCAAAAACUUGCCUUUUGUAGAAGGUCUCAUUCUGAUCAUUCAUGUCAUUGGGCUGUUCGCUAUUAUCAUUCCGUUGUGGGUGCUUGCCCCCCGCAAUAAUGCCCAUGCCGUGUUUACGACUUUCAAUAACGGGGGCGGUUGGGAUAAUUCAGGGACGGCGACGCUGGUCGGCCUCUCCACGACCAUUACGUCCAUGUUGGGCUACGACUGCUCGGUGCAUAUGUCGGAAGAAAUCAAAGAUGCAUCGGAGACGCUGCCCAAGGCAAUGAUGUCCUCUGUCGCGGUCAAUGGCGUGCUGGGAUUCAUCAUGUUGGUGACGCUCUGCUUUACGCUGGGAGAGGUAAACGCGGUCCUCGACAGCCCGACCGGAUUUCCAUUUAUCCAGAUCUUCUACAACACGACGGGCAGUCUGGCCGCGACGAACGCCAUGACAGCCGUGCUGGUCGUCACACUAACCGCCAGCACAAUCACUGAAGUGGCAACGGCCUCGCGUCAACUGUGGUCUUUCGCCCGGGACGAAGGAAUCCCCUUCUCUUCUUUCUUCGCCUAUGUGAGUCUUGUCUCUGGCAUAGUACACCUCGCUUUCGACUUUCGAAUAAGCCCGCUGACCCCUAUCGCAGGUUACACCAGGGUGGAACAUCCCCCUCAACUCCGUGAUGGUCUCUCUGGCCGUGACGGUCCUCCUCUCACUCAUCAACAUCGGCUCCCAGGUCGCCCUGAACGCGGUCAUUUCGUUGACUAUCACCUCGCUGCUGUCAGCAUACAUCAUCUCGAUCGGGUGUGUAGUCCUCAAGCGGCUUCGGGGGAGGCGUUGCCGCAGCACCGCUGGACGCUGGGCCGGUUCGGACUGGCGGUCAACGUGGGGGCGCUGGCCUUUCUGCUGCCGCUGUUUGUGUUCGCCUUCUUCCCGCUGUCGACGUCCGUGACUCGUGAAACGAUGAACUGGAGUGUCGUCAUGUACAUUGGCGUCAUUGGAUCGGCGUCGGGGUAUUAUUGGGCCAGGGGGCGGCGUCAUUUUAUUCCGCCCGUGGCGUUAGUCAAGCGAGAGGAGGCGACUUGA